GUAUCCACACAUCUGUAUUUUCAUAGCUAUCAAAUGGAACAUACAUGUACGAUUAACAAAAAUGUACAAUUAAUGCCAACGGACAUUAAACAGUCAAUGCUUUACGACAAUUUAAUUCAUGCUGUAUAUAUUCAUCGUCGAGCUAUAGAUUCAGCCAAUAUUCUAACGAACAGUUUUUCGAUGUUCUAUAUCGUGUUAUUAGUAUGUUCUGUGGCUUACUCGAGUCUCAGUUUCUGCAAUGUAAUUAAUGCAGUAACAUCCUGGGAAAAAUUGGACGUAUUUAUAAACAGUGUAGUGAUAUUGAUACAAUUAUAUUGGAUUUUCCUGGGAAAUUAUGUUGGUCAGAACAUUAUAGAUAGCAGCACUGCCAUGUCUCAAGCGACAUAUAAUGCACAUUGGUACGCUGCGCCAUUAUGUAUGCAAAAGUUAAUACCACUCAUAAUACAAAGAAGUAACAAACACAGUGUUUUAACAAUUGGAGUUUUAUUUGACGCGUCGUUAGAAGGUUUUGCUACGCUUCUAAGUAUGUGCAUAUCCUAUGUUAUGGUUCUUCAAUCCAUGGGAACACACACCGAAAGCGAAAAGAAGUAAUAAUUACGUUGUAGGUAUCCGAGUCGUAGGUCUAGCAUAUGUACAGUACAUUUUACAUGUACUAUCCCACAUAUUCAUUAAUAAAUUAAAUCGAACUAAAUAAUAA